AUGCUCUACAUGGUUAUUGUGCCAAUUAUUCCUAAAUACCUUCGCGAUAUUCAUGCGUAUUCUGUGGAGUUCUACGGCUAUCACAAUGAAACUGAACGUCUCCCCAACGGUACGGUCAUCGUACGAGCCGUGGGAGCAAAAAUCGACUACAAAGACGAAGAAAUGGAACUCGGCUGGCUGUUCGCGUCUAAAGCUCUCAUCCAAAUAUUCGUCAAUCCAUUCUCUGGCUAUAUUAUUGACCGAAUCGGCUACGAACUUCCAAUGGUCAUCGGUCUAGUGGUGAUGUUCAGCUCAACGGCUAUAUUCGCUCUCGGCCACAGCUACAGCGUCAUGUUCUUCGCCAGAUCACUACAGCUGCGCUCGGUAUCGCCCUCGCAUUCAUCUCCUUUCGGCUGUCUCGUCGCACCACCGUUUGGAUCCGUGCUGUACUCGCUGGCCGGAAAACCCGUACCGUUCCUGAUUCUCUCGUUCGUCUGCCUGGCUGACGCACUGGCCGUCUUCAUGGUGAUUCAACCUGGUCGUCGUGCAGCAGUGAACGCCGCUGGUGAACGUAUCAAGGGUACGCCGAUGUGGCGCCUGUUCAUGGACCCGAUGAUCGCCGUCUGCUCUGGAGCGCUGAUCAUGGCGAACGUGUCGUUGGCGUUUCUCGAGCCCACCAUCACCAACUGGAUGGCCGAGAGUAUGCCGGACACGCCUGUGUGGCUGGUGGGAGUCAUCUGGUUGCCGGCGUUCUUCCCUCAUGUGCUCGGCGUCUACGUUACCGUCAAGCUUCUGAAGGCGUUCCCCAAUCACACAUGGGCGAUCGCCGCUACCGGUCUGGCGAUGGAGGGAAUCGCGUGCUUCGCUGUGCCCUACACAACUUCAGUACUGCAGCUGAUUAUUCCACUGAGCUUUGUGUGCUUCGGUAUUGCCCUUAUUGAUACUUCGCUUCUACCAAUGCUUGGAUAUCUUGUGGACACACGCCACGUACCCGUCUACGGUUCUGUGUACGCAAUUGCGGACAUUUCCUAUUCGCUAGCUUACGCUUUCGGACCAAUCAUUGCCGGUUGGAUUGUGGGCAAUAUGAGCUUCUUUGCCCUGAAUCUCAUUAUCUUCCUAACGAAUAUUUUUUACACACCUAUGAUUUUCAUGCUGAAAAAGGUACACGGGUACGACUCGUUAACGCCAAAACCGGAAAUGACAACGCUGAAAAAUGACAACUAUGGACAAAUCGAAAGCGAUAACAAUGCCACCGAGAUGACAGCUGCACAAGCCUAUCAGGGAGCCAGCUACGGUACUCAAGCGCCAAAUUACCAGAACAGUUUCCCACAAUCAGAAUAUCCGGCCGGCUUUGAUCCGUUGAAUCCACAGUGGUAG